AUGGCGAACCGAGGCUACGAUGUUGUCGUAGAUGUUGAUGCAGAGGGCGACCUCGGGCAUACCGACCUGCAAGAAGACCUUGAAUUCCACCCUUCAAACUUUGAAAGCGAUCAAAGAAACGCCAAAGCCCAAGGCGACUCGUCUCCGUUCCUAGGCGGCGGGCCCUCGCGCAACCGCGACCGGUCCCCUGGCGGCACGCCAACCAAACACAAUUGGUGGUCUCUACACUACUACGAACAAUUCUUCGAUGUCGAUACGAACGAGGUUUUCCGCCGCUGCGUUGCUGCGCUGUACCCCCGCACCAAUUUCCUAGAUGUGCUGGAGGGAAACGCGGAUUUGUAUGGUCCUAUUUGGAUCGCGACCACGGUGGUUGUGAUCCUCUUCUUGACGGGCACUAUCUCGCAAUGGCUAUCCAACAACGAUGACAAACACUUUGAGUAUGACUUCACAUUGCUCUCAGGUGCAGCGGGCUUGAUCUAUGGAUACACGGGUAUCUUGCCCAUUGCGCUGUGGGGAGCGCUGCGCUGGUUCGGCAGCUCCACAGCUGAUUUGAUUGAGUGCUGGGCUCUGUAUGGAUAUUCAAAUCUGAUUUGGAUUGCCGUUGCGCUGGUAAGCUGGAGUCCAUUGACUGCGCUCAACUGGGCGCUUGUUGGUGUUGGCUUUGCUUGGACUGUGUUCUUCCUUCUGCGGAACUUGUACCCAGUCUUGAAUGCCACGGAUGCGAAAGCAAGCAAGAUUCUCUUGGUUUUGGUCGUUGUUCUCCAUGCGGCAUUGGCUGUUGCCAUCAAAGUCCUGUUCUUUGCCCACGGGAGCCCGGUCUCGAAGAAGAACAAAGAGCCAACAAAUGAUGACGACAAGACGGAAGGCAAGCGGGGAAUGAUGUUCAUGGCAUAG